AUGGAAGACCAAGAGAAUUUAGUAAAUAUCAAAAAGAACGACGAUGCUGAUGAUGAGUCAAACACGAAAAGGUCGGCUGUUGAAUCGGCUGAUGAUACAGCAAGAGGAAAAAAGAGAAAGACAAGUAAAAGCGAUGAAGUUAUCGUCAUCAGCAGUGAUAGUGAUGACGAGGAAGAGAUCAACAGCAAUGAUCCGACUGAACGACAACUUAGUGCAAUCGAUAAGCGGGACCAAUUGAGGGAAGCAUGCAAGUUUACUAGCGAUGGGGCUGCUCUUUACGAUCAAGAGAAGUAUGAAAAAGCUAUGAAGAUGUAUCGUAAGGCUCUCGGUACUAGGAAUCCUUGGCAAUCGUCAUAA